GACGGGCACUCUACGGUGUCACGUGCACUGUCUUUUCGAUUUAUUUGACGGGUCGAUUCGUUCAACGCGCGAAAUUUCUCGACGAAACGAAAAAACGAACAAGCGAACGGUGAAACGACCAUCGGUGCGUCAUUACAAACAUCGGAUUACCCUUUCUCGCGAGGUCUCGUGAGGCUGGGAAUUUGAAGAAGAGCGCAAUGUCAGCUGCUGUGAGGGAGAGAACGACAACACAAACCAGCAGAAAGAUCGUGAGUCAUGGCGGACCUAUAUCUGGCCAGAGCCAGCCGGCAACCACGGCCAACAGCCUCGAAAACAACUUAGAUGCUCUUCUUGAGGAUCUACAAACAAGUGUUUCAAGAAGUGCCACCCCAAGUCGAGGUGGCCGGGCACUUUCGCCUCAAGUAGAGUAUCGCGUGGCUGCAAAUCCCACAAAAGUGGUCUCUGAAGGCAGAACCAUUUCGCCAACUCGAACAAUGACGACCGCUACGGAAAAAUAUGUGAGCACUGGACUGAGUGGCGCACCGAGUGGAAUACCUGGUUUGGAUUUCAUAGACUCGGAACUACAAAAUGUACAACCCGGUCAGAGCAAAACAAUCGCUUACAAGCAGGUGUCAUAUGAAUAUAACAAAAGUCUGGAUGGAAAACCAAUCGAUUCGUGGACAACUGACAAUGCAUUGACUAACGCCAGUUCUGCCUUGAUCGACGAUAUUCGAGAAAGGACCUACGAAGAAAGUACAUUACAUCGUGGCGCAGAGUCUGUUAACAAAUCACUCAACAGAGAAUUAGUGUACAGUGACAGUUCUACGUCUCGUUCGAAACAAACUUCACCUUUACCAGGUACUCAACAAAGAGACAUGAAGUAUAUUCACGAAUCUUCGAGUUACCAAACAGAACCAGCGCAAAGUACAGUAACCACGAUGCAUGCGAGCACUGCACAAGAACACGGAAACGUGGAAUAUAUACCAGUCCCAUCGCCAACACCAGCAAUACCAAUCAACUUGGCACCCGGUCCAAACACAAAAGUAACGACCACCAUUAAAACAUACACGUACGAGCUACCAGGACCACCUGAAACCUAUCUACCUGGUGGCAAUGUGCCAGGUACUGUUGUGCUCCCGGGUGAUCAAACUAUAACGUACACGAUACCGAAAGGCAGCUCCGCGGUGGACAAAACGAUCAGCUAUCAAAGCAUGACCGAAAACGUACCGGCCAAAAAGCCAGUUAGGUACGGUAGCCCACCUCCGAUAACCGAUGUUACAAAGAAGUCUACCACAAUACACCAAGAGUCGAAGUUCUACCGUGAGGAACACCUCGGUAGCCCUCCAGGACAACCGGCAAGACCAGUCUAUCAUCCUAGUUCACCACCCCUAGAAAAUAAAACGACGAUUACGCGAAAUGAAAAGUACUAUCAGAUUGACGGAGCUUAUCCUAACGGGCACCCACCUGGUGAACGACCAGAUCAUCCGGGAACUACGGUGAUUUAUCAGAAUCAACCACCUUCUAUAAACGAGACUCACACCACUAUAAAUCGAAUUGAGGAACACUAUCCUAGCCGGCCACCAUCCAGCGGACGGCACCCGACACCUGAUAAACCGGGAACACCGGUUAAUUAUUAUACUACACCACCACCACAGACGACCCCGCCGCAAUCUGCCACGACUAUAUAUAAAUUUUCGAACACGACCACAACGAUACCACCGAACAAGAACCCCGAAGACCAUGAGGUUUUGUUACCUAAACCGUUCCCAACCGAGGGCGUUCAGGUUUGUCCACCCAAGCCUGUUAACAACGUGCAGAGUCCGCCGAAAAAAUUGGAAGACCUUAUGGCAACGUUCUCUGACUCAGAGCGUGAAGUACUGAAAGACAUUGAGCAGAGAGAAAAGGAUCAACAUAAAGAAUCGCCAUCUGUCAAAAAGGAAGUUGACUUUGUACCGCACACACCACCUAAAGUAAAAAGCAAAAACGUUGCGGGACCUCCAGUUUAUUACCCUCCUGGAGCGGCAGAGUUCACUAAAAAAGAAGAAGCUAGUGCAGCUAUGUCACAAUCUGGUGGAGGUUGGCAAAAAGCUAGCGCAAAAUACGAGUACGAAGCUUCCAGUAAAAGCAAAUCGAAAUCAACCAGCGGAAAAGCAGUUGUUCCCGUUUGUCUGCCCCUUUGUUGUGCUAUGCCAUGUGUAAUUAUGUAACUUAUUUUAAUAUUAACAAUAACGUGUUAAUCGAUUAAGUAAACUAAUAGCUAUGUUUUAAACGAUCGCGUGUGUGGAAUAACGUGUCUUCUGUUACUUGCCUAUGAUACAUUCACGAUUUUAACAUAAGAAACACUAAAGCUAUGACACUUUUGGAAAACUACGAAAAGAAUCUGGUAUGAGAGCAUAAAUUUU